UAUCAUUUAAAAAUAGAAGCUGAACCCCGACUGUUUUGUAAAUACUCUGCACCUCGUACACGGUUUUGUUUCACCAUACUAUAACCUGCGAAUCCUUUGCAUCAGCAACCUCUGCAUAUUUUCCAGGUUUAUUUGAGGUGGGAUUAGAAUGGAAUUAUCAGAUAAGGUUAUAAUUUUCUACAAAGACGGUCAUGCAGCAGGCACAAGACUUUCAAAUGUUCUUCGUCACAGCCCUUCAUCAUGGAAAAAAAUAGAAAUGCCCCUGGAAAUACCUUUGGAAAUCUAUGGUAUCACAGAUAUUGUUAUAUCCGGUCAAAUAAUAAAUUUUGUUGAUUCACAGGAUUAUCCACAGGUGUCCUUGAUAAUUCUCCAAAACUACGAAUCUCCUACCAGUGCUUGUGUAGCCUAUGAAGUUCUCAAUUUCAUCAGAUCAAAAACUUCCAAGCUUUCAUCGUCUCUCACAGUCAUAUUUCCUUGUCUUACAGUUGUUCGAAACUCCUCUCAAAACCUAAGAAGUUUAUGCAUAGAAGAUUUGGAACAAUCUCUAUAUGCAGCUGAAAUCAAUGAAGCAUCUGAUUUCUCAAAGGCUAUAGUGAAGGGUCUUAAAAUAUUGCCACCAACAGCACAAAUAUGUGAUGAGUUUUUGGCUUGCAUGCUGCAUUUUGCUCGUGUUUUAUUGCUGCCAGCACUUUUGCUGCUAGCUCCAACAACCAGAAUCAGCCGUUCAGAUAGCAAGGGAGCUCACUUUCAACAGGCACAUGAAACACAGAUGCUUUGCAAGCUUGGGGAUCUUUUGGCAAAUCAUAUGGGUCUUACAUUCUCAAAGGAUUUGUUGGAGAAUAUUGCUAUUGAGAUCGAGAUGGACGCAGAAGAUGACUGGCGUAGAUUGUAUGGUUGAUAGAUAAUCUUUGUUCCUAUGCUCAAUUUUAUCCAGUAUGAUCAAUGUUUUAAGCUCAGGCUAAAUGAUGUUUAGAUUCAGGUCUACAAUUAAUCUCAAGUUACUUAUUUUCCUUGAAAUCUUUGAUUUGAACCAAAACAGAAUUAGUUUUUUUAAACAAUCUCUCUAUUGAUGGCAAAAGCUGUAUGUGAAAAUUGGGACGUGUUAUUUAUAUGGAUUGAAUUUUUCACGAGAAGACAUACACAAAAGACUUGUGAUUUAAUACUAAGUCCUCUGACCAUCAGUUUUAGGGGUUAGUCCUCAGAUUUGGGGUUCCAGUUGCAACUCUAAUUUAACAUUUUUGUUUCUCUGUUAAAUAAUUUUCAUCUUA